CUACAUUUUUGCUGACUAGGCAAGCAUUACUCUUUUGUACUUGUUUCUACAUCCAUUCUGUGCCAGUGGCGUAUAGAAUGCUCCAAGGCUGUUGAUCCUAUUAUCAAAAGCUUAUCAAGUGUUUCUGAAAGGGUGUAGUAGAUAUGGUGUGGGUGAAACCGCAGGAGAUACUCAUCUCCAGCAACCUUCUCUGGGUGAGUGAGCGCUCUAAUUCUUUUUUCUGUCUGCAAAAAAGACGAGGCCAUGGUGAAGGCCGUGGUUUUGCAGCGAGGGUCAUUGGUACCCUGGACAACAUACGGGACUCAAGACCACCACCGUACAGGAUACUGCUGCAAACGGCUGGGUCUGACUUCAGUUAUGUGGUGGCAGUGGCCUCUUCCAAACAAGACAUCCUCACUGACUGGAAAUGGCUGGAGGAGAUACUCGUGCCCACUCUAGAGACGUUUGAUGACACUCUCCAAUCGAUGGACUUUGCUCAGGCCAAGAUCCAUAGUUUGGUGAUGAUUAGAGAGGGGAGUGACGGGGGGACUGGGAGUAGAUCGGCGAGUGUGACUGAAGACGAUCCAGUAACUAUGAGGUUCAAGGAGGUGGAAGCUCGGUUCCUGCAGCAGUUCAACAUGCCAAAACAAGAGAAACUUGUCAACUACUACUCUUGCAGCUAUUGGAAAAGCUCUCUGCCGCGACAAGGAUGGAUGUACCUAUCUGUAAACCAUCUCUGCUUCUACUCCUACUUCAUGGGGGCUGAGAUAAUGAUUGUGCUCAGGUGGACCAGCAUUAACGGUAUAUUUUCUGAAUCAGCUCGUCUGAGUGAGGGGCUCUUUGUCAAGAGUGGAGGUAAGGAGCAUCACUUCUCCAUGUUUAUGAAAAGGUGGGAGACCCUCGAGCUCAUGGAGCAGCUCGCCAAGAUUGCCACCAAGGAAGUGCUAUUGGGUAGUACUAAAUCAGACCACCAGUCCCUGCUCUCAGAGCUGCGGGCUGCCUCUGUGGCCAAAACUCCUCUCAGCCAAGUCCUCGAUGCCAGGAAGCUCACGGAGCAAUACAGAUCCACUUUUCGACUGCCUGAGACUGAGGGGCUGGAUGGCUACUGUGAGUGCACCAUGUGGAACCCCGCCUCAAAAGCACCCAUCCUGGGCAAGCUCUACUGCUCACCAAACUACAUAUGUUUCUCCAGCAAGUUGGUGGGUGUGGUGUGGGUGGUGAUCCCACUGCGAGACGUAGUGCAGAUAGAGCGUCUAAAUCAGGAACAAACCCUCCCCAAUGGCAUCCUUAUUGCCACCAGGGCCAACAAGAACACCAUCAUCUUUGCCAACUUGGAUGAUAGAGAGCAGAUCAUUGGGACGGUGUCCUCCUUCAGGGCUGGGUCACCUCCUAGGAGAGUGAAAGCUGGGGCCCAGUUUGUUCCUGAGCCUGCUCUGCUGUCAACAAUUGACUUACCUCAUUCCCCACACCAUGAGGCAAAACAGAAGGUCAAGGAAAACAUGUGGGAAAUGAGCUUCACCGAAAAUGGACGAGGAGUGUCUAUGUACCGAAUCAGGGAGCACGUGGACAUGGCUCAGAAAGGCAUCCCAGAAAAGUACCGGGUCGAGAUCUGGAUGGUGUACUCAGGUGCCCUGGAUUGUAUGGAGGCCAACCCUGGUCUUUAUGCAGAGCUGCUGGAGCGCAGCUACGGAGAGAAACUGUUUACGUUUGAGGAGAUAGAGAGGGAUCUUCAUCGCUCCCUACCAGAGCACCCUGCCUACCAGCAGGACAAAGGCAUUGACACCCUUAGAAGAGUCCUCAGGGCAUACGCACUGCACAACCCCAACAUUGGCUAUUGCCAGGCUAUGAACAUUAUCACGUCAGUGUUCCUACUCCAUGCCAAUGAGGAAGAGGCCUUCUGGCUACUCUCUGUAGUCUGUGAAGUCAUGCUGCCUGAGUAUUACAACUCCAGAGUUGUAGGAGCACAGAUAGACCAGGUUGUGUUUGAGUGGCUGACUGAGAAGCACUUGCCUGAACUCUACACCCUGCUCAAGCACAAGCUUCAGAUCAUGGCCAUGAUCUCUCUUAGCUGGUUCCUCACUCUCUUCCUCUCUGUCAUGGAUAACCGUGUCGCAGUCAACAUCAUAGACUGCUUCUUUAUUGAUGGAGCAAAGGUGAUAUUCCAGGUGUCAUUGAUGGUGCUCAAGUUUGUGGAGACAGCCAUGUUGAGCAGCAGUGACGAGGCUGAUGCCAUAGCCAUCCUCAAUGACUUCCUAUCCAGUAUUGGCAAAAAGCUGUCCCAAGAGUACAAAGUUUUGGAUGAAGAUCACAUCAAGCGUCCCACUCAUGUGUCUGUGUCUGACCUCUUGAAGCAGUCAUACGAGACAUACGGGUUUAUCAGCAACGAGACAAUUGAGAAGAUGAGGAACUCUGCUCGAUUGGAAGUGGGUCAGACGCUCCUCGAGUCCAGCAAAAAAUCUAUUCUCAGGGCAUCCAUGGAAGGCUCAAAAUUCAACAGGAAAGAACUCGAAGAACUCUUCAAAUGGUUUCAAGAGGGCCAUAGACAGGCCACAUUCUGGGGGCGUGGUGCCAAGUUCCAGAAAACUAGCUACUCCCAUUCUAAGCAAGAGCCGACGAUGGAUGUGGAACGGUUUGUGAUGCUCUUUCAAUACCUCUCUCCUUGGAACUUUGGGGAACACUCCAAAACAGUAGCAAAGCGAGCGUUUAGGCUUGUGGAUCCAGAUUGUACUGGUCAGAUGAACUUCCACCGGUUUGUUGAGCUCUUUGGAAUAAUGAGUAGAGCUACCCUCCAAGAGAGAUUGAAGCUGCUGUGCAUACUCCACAUCAAGGAGCUCACUACACGUAAAAAGACCAUGAUGCAAGAGUCCUUGGAAAACAGCUCGACCGCUAAAGAAAGUGAUUUGGAUGCUCCGUCUGCGUCGCAACCUUUGAAAGUAUUUUAUGAUGAAGAUACAGAACGAAAUACCCCAGUACCUGAGGCUAAACCAGCUGACUCAGAUCAUACCGUUUCGGCCAAAGAACCAGAAAUGCAAUCCAAACCUGCCACUAAUGAUUCACACUCACCUCUUGAUGUCAGUUACGAUCCACCACCUCUCAAACAGAGUGAAUUCAUUCAACUAUGCAAGACACUGUACACACUUCUUCAAGAUUUCCCAGAGAAAAAUGAGUUAUUUCAUGCAAUGGGAAUCGUGGCAUCGAAUUUGUUACGUGAAGGAGAGAGAAAUAUCGAAGGCCCAGUCGCAAGCAAUGUUCAAACGUCUGAAGAGGCGACUGUCCCAAGCAUUGCUGAAAUAUCCUGUGUUGACGACGUUAUGGGCUCUGAUUCAGAGAAAAACAAGAUUGAACCAAUCUCUAACGAUAAAAAACAGUUACUGUCCGACAAAAGAGACACACCAAACUCACAAAUUUUGCCUGACUUAAAAAUUUUGAAGAUACAUGUAAGUGAAGACCAAGAAUUGGCUGGUGCUGGUGAACAUGAACACUCCAACAUUAAAGUUCCACCUCAAGAAGCACAUCAGUGUAUCACUAAAUCACUUGGUAGUUCGUCUACCAGUAGUUUAUCGAACUCUCUCACGUUGGACGUAGGAAAUGACUCUGAAGUCCAAGAAAAAUGGUUUUUAACGUUUGAGCAGUUUGUGUCGGGGUUAAAUCAAGAACCCGAACUUUGUCAGUUUUUUGCUGAGCAGAACUUGUUAGAUUUGACUGGAGCUAGUAGUGUAGAUCCUAUUCUCAGUAGCUACACUAGAACAGUAAUAGCCACAUCACCAUUAUAGUAUUUUUUUACCACCAAUGGAAUGAUAUUUGAGUCAUGCCUGAAUAUAUGAUUUUAUCUUAGAGCCACAAUUAUAUGACUGGUGAAUCCUUGACAA